AUCACAUUUAUCACCAUCUCUAUCUUGAAAAGGAGAAAUAAAUAAUUAAUCACUAAGCGAAAGAGAUUUGAUCUAAAGUAAUACAAAUAAACCUUGAUUGAGAUUGUAAAGGAGAAGAGUUUAAAAGCAUGGAUACAGAGAGAGGAUCAAUAAGUUCAUCAGAAAUAUCCAGAACUGCUCAUCUACAAGAUAGAACAGUUGCUUGUCUUCCUCCUUCGUACGGACAACUUGUGACCAUUCUUAGCAUCGAUGGUGGUGGAAUCCGUGGGAUCAUUCCCGGCACAAUCUUAGCUUACCUUGAAUCACAACUUCAGGAAUUGGAUGGUGAGGAGGCAAGGCUUGUGGAUUAUUUCGAUGUCAUCUCAGGAACAAGCACCGGAGGUUUGAUAGUGGCGAUGUUGACCGCACAAGACCAAAGCGGUGGCCAUAGCCGCAACAGCAACCGCCCUUUGUUUGAGGCCAAAGAAAUCGUCCCUUUUUAUCUCAAACACUCACCCAAAAUCUUUCCACAGCCACGAGGGAUAUUCUGUGGUUGGGGUGAAACCAUAGUGAGACUUGUAGGAGGACCCAAGUUCAACGGUAAAUACCUUCAUGACUUAGUUGAAGGUUUCUUGGGCGACACAAAAUUAACUCAAUCUUUGACAAACGUUGUCAUACCUUGCUUCGACAUCAAGAAACUCCAACCAGUUAUCUUCUCUUCUUACCAGGCGGUGAAUAAUCAAGCUAUGAACGCAAAACUAUCAGACAUAUGUAUAAGUACAUCUGCGGCACCAACUUUUUUCCCGGCUCAUCGAUUCACCAAUGAAGACAGUGAAGGAAUUAAACAUGAAUUCAACCUCAUUGAUGGUGGCAUCGCUGCCAAUAACCCGACGUUAUGUGCCAUUGCGGAAGUGACAAAACAGAUAAUAAAGAAGAAUCCUGUAAUGGGAGAUAUAAGCCCAUUAGAUUUUACGAGGUUUCUGGUGAUAUCGAUAGGUACAGGUUCCAUAAGGAAUCAAGAGAAGUACAAUGCGAAAAUGGCAUCGAAAUGGGGAUUGAUGUGUUGGGUCUUUGAAAGUGGAUCAACUCCAAUUCUUGAUUGUUACAGUGAAGCUAUUCAUGACAUGGUUGAUUACCAAAGCUCUGUCGUCUUUCAAGCUCUUCGUUCCGAGAAGAAUUAUUUACGUAUCGAUGAUGAUUCGUUGAAGGGUGACUUAGGUUCAGUGGACAUAUCAACAGAAAAGAACAUGGAAGGUCUUGUUGAAGUUGGUGAAGCUUUAUUAAAGAAAAGAGUCUCUCGUGUCAAUCUCGAAAGCGGCCAUUAUCAACCUAUUUCCGAAAAUGUGACUAAUGAAGAAGCUCUCAAAAGGUUUGCAAAAGUUCUGUCAGAAGAAAGGAAGCUCAGAGAAUCAAGAUCUCCUAAACUCAAGAUAUGAUUUUUUACUUGUCCUAAAAAUAAUGUAAAACUUGUUUGUAUCUGUUUGUGUGACUAGUAAGUAACUGUUCGCAUCUGCUUGUGAGCAAAACAAUAUUUGAAUAAGAAUAUGAUUCUUACAUACCUU